UAACGAUAAAGAAAUUCACAGGUGGAGAAGACCGAUCAUGUAGUUACAACAUAGUAGAGAAAUAUAAUCCCCGAAAAGAUCAGUGGACAUUUGCUCCAAGCUUAAAACGUAGACGGGCAGGUGCUGGAGUAACUGAAUGUGAUGGAAAGAUAUUUGUUGCUGGAGGUUAUGACAAAUCUUUGCACAUGGAUAGGGCAAGUGUUGAAUGUUUUGAUCCUGAAACCGAAGAAUGGACAUUAGUUGCAGAAAUGGAGAAACCACGUUCAGGACUAGUGCUCAUGGCAAUAGACCAUUAUAUUUAUGCUUUUGGGGGACGCUGUCGGCAUACAGAUCGUUAUUUUGAUAUUGUUGAAAGAUACAAUACCGUUACUCGACAGUGGAACAACAUUGCAUCAAUGAAUACGUCAAGAGCUUGGCCUGGGGUCACAGUAUUUGAUGGACGAAUAUAUGUAUUAGGAGGUUUUGAUGGAUCUUGUCGCCUACGAACUGCUGAGAUGUAUGAUCCUGACACAGAUCAAUGGACAUAUAUUAGCAGCAUGAUUAUUCCUCGUGCUGGGUGCAGUGCUGCUGUUGUAUAAAUAAAAAGAUCCAUUUCAACCACAUUUGGACAUAUGGCAAUGGUCAGUUGUAUAAAUUAAAAUUUUCUGUUGGUUGAAUCAUGGAGAAAAGUGACUUGGAGCAGAAUGUAGGUCUGCAGUUGUAUAAAUAAAAGCCUUUCAUUAGUGAAAAAAAAAAAAAAAACAUGAAAUUCUUUUUCUUUUUGAAAUGGAACAAUCUUAGCACUUCAACAUAUCAUGCAAAGAAAAGGAAACUCCAUUUAUUCCUGAACUUUGGUAUAACAUUUCAUAUUAUUUUCAAUGAUAUAGUUGCUGUGUUUAAAAAUUCACCCACCAGCAGUCUUUCAAAGCAAAAUUUGUCUUUUCUUGAAUUUUUUUUUAUUAAUAAAUUUAUUAAAGGUUUAAUUCAUGCUAAUUUUGUGCCUGCUUUUGUCAGCUUGUUGCUAAAAAUAUUAAUUCUUUGUAUUAUGUUUAUAUCAAUACAUCUGUAUGUUCUUUUAUUUUUAUAACUAGUAAUUCCCUUCUGAAAACUGUAUUAGACUGGAAAAGCUCUUUCAUGCUGUAAACUCUUCAUGUUAGCUUUUUCUAUAGUAUUCUUAAUAAAGCCCCAAAAGAAAAAAAGAGAA